AGGUCUUUCACAUGUAGUUGAAUGAAGGGGAUGGAGCAUUCUAUGGACCAAAGAUAGAUAUCAGUGUAUCUGAUGCGUUGAGUAUAAAAUUCCAGUGUGCAACUCUACAGCAUGACUUACAGCUUCCUGAUCGUUAAGUUGGAAUUCUCGAUUGAGGAUGAAGCCAAAAUUGAGAGGUUCACCAAAAAUCUUUUUCCUUUGUAUCUUAACGAAGGAUAUACCUUGAUUUCCUUAAUACAUGUUGUUUGAUCCUAGUUGUUGGAUACUCAUUGGGAGUCUUUUGUUUAUGUUCGGCGAACAAUCCGGACUCUCGUUCAAGCUUCUAUUUGGAACACGUCUAGUGCUGGUGCCUGGUCUUGACGCAUAUGUAUUGUCUCGCUCAAAAAUUACUUGGCUCUGGACCUUCUUUUUUGCCCAUGACUGUAAACCAAACACAAAGAGGAAGUGACAGUAAGAUUCUUGAUGAGCCGUGCUCAUCGGAUGGCGUGCAUGAAGUUGAAUUGCUUAUACCAUUUUUGAGUAAUAGUUCUAUUGAAGCAUACAACCAAAAAGAUGUUUCUGGUAUUCUUUCCUUUAGUGGUACAGUAUGUUCUUUUGCGUACCUGAAUUCAAAAGAGCCAAUUUCACAAGCUGUUACUGAUUUGAAGGGAGAUAUCAUUACGAGCCUGCAAAGUAUAUUGGAUAUAAUCUGUGAUGAGACAGAUGUUGAUUCAUAUAAUCAUCAUGAUGUUGGAAGGCAAAUAAGUGAUGAUGAUGUAUCAGUUGAAAAACCUUUUUCUCAACUUGUGCUGCAUUUAUUGAGAAAAGAAUGCAACCUUCCAUUUCCUAGAAGAGUUUUUGCACCAUGGUUAGCGGGGACAUAUGUGUGCGAUUACUUGCAGCCUUCUGAGACAGUUGAGGUUUUAAAAGAUCACUGUAUGGAGUUGUUAUCCAUGGAAGCUCCAACCGAGGUCUCUACAAUUUUGGAGCCAGAAAAAAAAGUCAUAUCAUUCAAAACUAAAUCUUUCUGGGAUGUAGCAAUACCCUCUUAUUCAGAAACUCACCUCGUGGAGGACAAGUUGAAACUUGAUGGCAGAGGAGAGAGUUCUAGUAAUAAAUCGGCGAAGUCAGGUCAAAUUAGUGUUGUAGCUGCUGGUCUCAUCAUUCUACUAUCUAAAGCAAUACCCUUAAGCGGUGAUGGCUUUAUCUCUGCAUAAAUUCUCUCAUCUCUCCAACACGAAUGCACAAUUCACGUAGUUUCCAAAACUGCAUAACUUUUAUACUUUCAAACUUUACAGCAGCCGGUUUGGAAUUUGUUUUUGAAGGAAUGAGGAAGAUCCUUGCCUGGUAUCAACAGCAGUAACAAAAUCAUCAUCAUGUAUUUGUGGAUUAUGGAAAAUUUAAUUUCAAUUUUAUCGCGAUAAUAGCAAGAUAUAUAUCAGACUUAAAAAAUGAAGGUAUAAAUAUCAUUUGUAUAAUGGUGAAAUAAGAUGCAAUGUUUGCUAUAUGCUCUUAAAACACAGUUUCCUCUGUUUGUCUUUAA